AGGUGGGGCCUCCGUGGAGGCGGCCUGGGAGGUGUCAGAUCGGGGGCUUUCCUAAAGCGAGGCCAAUGAGAGGAAUGGAGCCCUGGAGCCUCGGUGGCCACCGCCCAAGAAGCCCAAUGGACAGGAUAGAUCCUGGAACCUUCUUCUUCCACUUUCCAAGCCUCCUCUACGCCUCUGGGCGGAAUCUCUGCUACCUCUGCUUCCAAGUGGAAAGAGAGAGGUAUCCCUGGCAUGACUAUGAGUACUGGGACUCGGGCGUCUUUCAAAACAAGGUCUAUCCUCAGGCUCGCUGCCAUGCAGAAUCCCGCUUCCUUUCUUGGUUCCGUGACUUGAAUCUGUCCCCUUACAAGCAUAAGUACCAUGUCACCUGGUACUUAUCCUGGAGCCCCUGCCCCACCUGUGCAGAGAAGAUACUUAGGUUCCUACAGGAAUACAGGAACGUGACGUUGAGCAUCUUCACCGCCCGCCUCUACUACUUCUGGCACUCAGAUUUCCAGGAUGGGCUUCAGAGGCUAUGCCGUGCAGGGGUCCAGGUGGACAUCAUGUGCUUUGAAGAUUAUAAAUACUGUUGGAAAAACUUCGUGCACCACCAGGGGAUGCCCUUCCAGAGGCGGAAUCUACUAAAACAUUAUCAUCAGCUGGCCACAGAGCUUGACAAAAUUCUUGGAACCACGAUGAAUCCACUACAAGAAGAAACAUUCCGCCAGCAGUUCAGCAACCAACGGGUCCCAAAGCCAUCCUACCAGAGGAGGACCUACCUGUGCUACCAGCUGAAGCCACAGGAAGGCUCCAUCAUUGCCAAAGUCUGCCUUCAAAAUCAGGAAAAGCGCCAUGCAGAAAUUUGCUUUAUUGACGAUAUAAAGUCACGACAACUAGACCCAUCCCAGAGAUUUGAAAUCACCUGCUAUGUCACAUGGAGCCCCUGCCCCACCUGUGCCAAGAAACUGGUUGCGUUUGUCAAAGAUCACCCCCACAUCAGCCUGAGGCUCUUUGCCUCCCGCCUGUACUUCCACUGGCGCCGGAAGCAUAAGCGGGGACUGAGGCACCUGCAGGAAUCUAGGAUCUCCCUGGCCGUCAUGAGCUACCUGGAGUUUGAGGACUGCUGGGAGAAGUUUGUGGACCACGAGGGCAGGCCUUUCCAGCCCUGGUACAAGCUGAAGCAGUACAGUGAAAGCAUAGGCCGUCGGCUCCAGAGGAUCCUCCAGGUGAGAAGCUGUUCUCGCUGCAGGUGCAGGUCCCCACUGUCCCCAUUACCUUUCUCUCCCUGCCUACACGCUUCCCCUCACCCCACCCAGGGCUCCCUUUUCUUAGGAUUCUUAUCCUUAGUUCCUUUAUCUCCCUUUUCUUAGAAUCUUGUCAGUUUUCUGUUUCCCUUGAGACCUCCCCGCCUCUUCUCAUCCGCUCUCCUUGGCUUGCACUCCACACCCCUGGCUGCCAGUGACACUUCUAAUUUUUCUCUUUCUCAACAGCCCCUGAACAAUUUAGAGAAUGACUUCAGAAAUUUGAGACUUU